AUGGAAGAAUUAAAUCAGAUUGACCCCAUGCAAUGCAGUGAAACUGAAGAAUUGAAUACUGCUGUAGAUUUAAACCUAGAAUCAAGGACAGCUUUUGAAAUAUUGACCAUUUAUUAUCCUAUAAUUUGUAAUAUAAAAUUUACGGCUGAAGAAAUUUAUAAUAUUUGCAAGAAUGCAGAAUGUAAUCAACAAGUUUGCCUGUUUCUGGCUAAACGAGUAAAGGGAGCAGAAGAAUUCAUAAGCAAAGUUAUAAAAGACAUAGGAAAGAACGAGGAAAAAUUUCGUAAUAAAGAAUGCUUUUUGGCUUUUAAACAUUAUGAAAUUAUUUUAAAAAAUAUUGAAGAGUUUACUGAGAAAGUAUCGAAAUAUAAAGGUUUUAUAAAAUUUCUUAAUGCAAGUGAAGUUAAGAAAAGAUUCAAAAACUUGACAGAAGAAUAUGAUAAGUGCAUGAAGGAUUUGCAUUUUGUCACUAUCGCCAGUGACCAUGAUAAUAAUGAAGAAUCCCGUAAGGUCGAAGAAUCUCUGGAUGAAGUUGAAAAAACUCUUAAGAAUGUUGAUAUUGGAGUAAAAGAUUUUAGUCAAAAGCUUGAUUCAUUAGUUGAAAAUGUUUAUCUUAUACAAUCUCAAAUAAACGAUCAACCAAGUAAUGUACAAGCACAAAGAAUUGAUCCAAAAGAACUUAGUAGUUCUUACGUUAAAACCGGAAAUAAUAUAAUUAAAAAGGUUUAUAAUACUAUUGAAGUUGCAUGCAAAUUCAUCAGAGAUUUUAAAAAUUCUGAAAGUGAAUUAGCAAUACUUGGAAAAUUAAGUCAAUCACCAUAUAUUCUACGUUUCUAUGGACUCACAAAUUUUGAUAACCGUGAUUAUAUGGUUCUUGAUUGGGCUGAAUAUGGAACUUUAAAAGAUAUUUAUACCAAAUAUGAUAUUCCUUGGACUAGAAAAAUAAAAAUUAUUCAAAAUAUCUGUCGUGGACUUGUAUAUUUACGUAGUGUAAACAUUCUCCAUCAUGAUCUUAG